AUGUCCGACGAUGACUACUUUGGCGAUGACGACCUUUUCUUGGACGACUCCUUUCUCCGUCAGGUCGAUACGAUAGCGGCAAAAUCAAUACAAGCUCCCCACCCUCCCACACCUAUGCCGGUCCCAAGACCUGGAAGCUCUAGACAAUCGAAUGGGAUAGCAAGAGCAGCUUCACUAAAUGAAGCCACUGCCAGCGGGAAAGGCACCAACGCGAACGGCGUGCAGAGAACAUACUCUGCGCCCGGCCUCAAGACUGGGCCAGCGAGUAAAGCCGCUGUGGGGGGACAGUCUCGUUUGCAGACCACAAGAGCUGCUGAUGACCCGUCUUCUGAUGAUUAUGGCGCAUGGGCAAUUCCGGAGGACGCUCUGGCGGCUGUAGUGGACGAAGCCAGCUCAAACUUGACCAACGCAGGGCUUUCCUACGUGUCGGCCAACUCGGCCAAUUCCGCAUCCAAGCGCAAUACAAGCGGCGCCUCUCGACCAUCUACUUCCAACAAUCGAACGACAUCAGGCCCGAGCCAAGCCAAUCGACAGGAUGGCAUGUUCCAGACACAUCUAAAUUGGCGCCCUUCCCCGAAGUACACUGAAGGAAAGAGAUGGGACCGCACUGCUUUUGCCAAGACCGGCAGAAGACUUAUUGCACUCCCUGGCGGGAAUGACAUGAGGAAGAAGGCAAAAGGCAAAGGAAAGGCAAAGGCGAGAGAUAGCGAGAAUGUAAUGGGAUGGGACGAGGACGAGGAGGAUGCAUAUGCCAACGAGGAAGACGAGGAAGAUAUGGGGGGCAUGCUUGCACCACCACCAAAGUCCAAUUUCGACCUUACCAAACCCUACGGCCCUCAAAAACAUUUACCGAAUAGUUUGAGCAUCAAGGAGUACAUAUACCCAACCAAUCGGUCAAAACGAGAUUAUCAAUUCGAGAUCAUCAGAAAUUGCUUCAUGGACAAUACUUUAGUGGCGUUACCAACAGGCUUGGGAAAGACGUUUGUUGCUGGCGUGGUCAUGUUGAAUUAUUACCGGUGGUUUCCUACUGGCAAAAUAUUAUUCUUGGCGCCUACUAAACCCCUUGUCGCACAACAGAUUGAAGCGUGUCAAAUGUCUUGCGGUAUCCCGAGCAAGGAUGCUGCGGUUAUGACGGGGCAAAGCGGGACUAAGAAACUCCGAGAGCACCUGUGGGAACAACGAAGGGUCUUCUACUGUACACCACAGACGGUGGAAAACGAUCUCAAGAACGGGAUCGUAGACCCCAAAGACAUCGUAUUGACUGCCGUAGAUGAAGCUCACAAAGCUACCGGAAACUUUGCAUACACUACGAUACUGUCUCUUAUCACUGCCCAUCAUCCCUACUUUCGAGUCCUGGCAUUGACUGCGACGCCCGGGGCAGAUGUUGAGAAGGUGCAGAAUGUGGUUGAUGCGCUUCAUAUAUCGAGGAUAGAGAUCCGUGAAGCAGAAGCACCGGAGAUCAGGAAAUACAUGAACACCAAACACAUCGAACGACACAUCAUUUCCAUGACGGAUACGAUAGUAGAUUUUCGGGAUCGUUUAGGAGAACUCAUGGUUCCGAUUGUCAAGAAAUUAGUCGACAAAGAGGUCCUCACUGCAAACGCUCUCGAUGUCAAGCGUCUACGACCGUUUGCCAUCACCGCCAAAAGAGCAGAAUUCGCCAAGCGUAGGCAGCAAGGAAUGCAGUGGGUAUAUGGACCUUUGGGUCAGGUGGAGAAGAUGGCGAGGGCUAUGCAGUAUCUUUUGGAAUUCUCCCUUGGCAUGUUUGCUACCAAUCUCGGCGAAAUCCUCACGGGUAAAUCGUCAACAGGAAAGAAGGCCAAUACCAACGGCGGAGCCAACAGUCUCGCCAACAAUUUUGCCGCUCAGAGACUGCAAAGGGAUGUCGACGAAGAAUUGAACUCGAUCAAGAUCGGCCGCAAUGGCAAAAGCGCGACCGAUAGACAUCCCAAGAUGGCAAAGACCCUGGAACUGCUGAUGGCCCAUUUUGCCCAAGCGGAGGAGGAGGAAACGACUCUUGGCCAAAAGAACGACACUCGAGCCAUGGUAUUUUGUAGUUUCCGGCCGUGUGUCUUGGAGAUUGUCGACAUGUUGAAUGAGAACGCGCCUUUAUUGAAAGCGACGAAAUUCGUCGGCCAGAGCGAUCGAGACGGCGACAAAGGGUUUAACCAGAAGGAGCAGAAGAAGGCUAUUUCCGACUUUAAAGAAGGAAAAUUCAACGUCCUCGUCGCCACAGCCAUUGGCGAGGAAGGCCUGGACAUUGGUGAGGUUGAUUUCGUUGUCCUUUACGACAUGCCGCGAACGUCCAUCAAGCUUCUCCAACGCAUUGGUCGUACCGGUCGAAAACGAGACGGUCACGUCCAUGUCUUGAUGUCAGAAAAUCGCGAAGACUGCAACUGGGAUACCGCCCAACAGACUCAUCGGGAUAUCCAAGAAGAGAUCUUGCACUCGCGCAAUCUAGAACUAUUCGAAGACGUGGAGCCUCUUUUGCCCGAUCGACAGCUUCCGGGCUGUAAGGAGCAGGAGAUGGCGAUCGAUGAGUGGAACCCGGACGACCAAGUGUUCAAAAAAACGAUGAUGGACGCCGAGAAGGAGGCAAAGAAGGCUUCUGCCAAGGGCACCAAGGGAAAGCGACAAAACUUGAUGAAGGAUGAGGUGCCCGACGGCGCUACGGGAUUCAAGUCUGUCAAAGACCUUCUGAAGGGCAAAAGUCUGCUACAAGCGGUGAAUGCCAUUGCUAUGCGGCCGGAGUCCGAUGACGAAAACGAAGGUCCUGUCCUAAAAAAGUCAAAGGCCAAGAACCCAGUGAAGCCCCGAAAGGUGGCCCGGGCUCCUUCUCCUAUCCGCUCCGCCUCUGAAGACGAUAUCGAUGACCAAACUCUAGAAGCUCUCUUUGCUGAAUCUAGGUAUUCAGAAAAGGGCAAGGAGCCAACGGGAUUGAAGCGAAAAGCGGCACCUGUCAAACGAGCAGAUUCCAGGCAUGCCAAGAAGGGGCGUACUUCAGACUCCGAUCUAUCGCUACCGAGACCUGCGGAUCUCCCGGAACCGCAAAAUAAGGAAGAUGAAGCCGAUACAGCUAGGGCGCGCAGACAGCAGGUUAUUCGUGCAGCCCUCGCGGGCCGUACUCCCCAGGCCACCGUACCUGACAUUGGGUCUGAUUCAGAUAUUGAAGCUCUUUCCCCUCCCCCGAAGGCACCUUUCAAGAGAAGCUGCAACUCCAGUGAAUCAUUCCCCAGCAUCAAAGUUCCCCCGACUUCUACAAAGGUCGAGGACCUAGAUUUCUUUCACCCAGCGGGACCACGAAGGCGGGAUCCAUCAUCUCCUGCGAAGAGCCUUUCACCUUCUCCAAAAAAAAGAACCAAGUAUGGCGACGACGAUCAGGUCAUGGUUCCAUCUUCAUCUCCAGCCAGUGCUAGUAGGACAUUGGGCACGAAUAGAAAUAAGCUGUCGCCCGGCACUGCUGCUGCUGCUGGAUUCAGCCAGAUCGACCCCAUCGAUCUUUCUUGGGAUCUGGAUGAUGAUUCUGAGUCUGCUCCUUUGCCAAUGCGACCGGUGGUGCCGCCGGCCCCAAGGGAUUCUGCCAACGAUUCCUUCCUUCCUGAGGUCCUUAGCGACUGGCAGCCUUCUUCGCCCCCUCGAGUCCAUCGCACUCCUGCUGGUAAAGUCGAAAUGCCUCCUCCACCGGUACCUUCGACCACCAAGCCGACAGAUGGCCUCUCCUCCCCCUUCGGUGAUCCUUCGGGCACAAGCACUCCUUUGGGGAUGAUGGCGACUCAAUUUCCGGUACGCCGGCUGGGGGUUGGUCUUUCCAGGAAAAGGCUAGUCUUACCCUCAUCUGACGACGCCAGCUCUCCUGUCUCUGCUCCUCGUCCUGGAACACUGGCGAGCGUAGCGGGUCCCAGUAGAACUAUUGUAGAAGAUCCUGACUCGUCGCCUAUGGUAAAUGUUGGUGGAAGGAGAGGAGCUGGAAGGCUGAAGAGAAGAGUAUACGUGGAUGAGCCCGAAUCGAGUCCCCCAGCUGCUGAGGCGUCCUCCAGGCAGAACCCUAAUCGCAGGCGUACCGACCAUAACGCGCGAGGGAAGCGGGUGAAAAAGAAGAACAAGGGGCCCAGGGGGGCAUUCAUUGAGAACGAAGUGGAGCUCUCUGGCUCUGACUCAGGUGACACCUCUGAGCAUUCAACGUCUUCGGUGGCAUCUUCUUCUGACUUGAGAUUUGCCAAUGAUUUUGCUCCUACUCAAGCGCAGAAAGGAUACAAUCAACAGGCCAUGUAUCGGGCCGGCCUAGGCACACAAGCCCGAGGUCAUGGUUUAGCUUUCAGAAGAGACUUCGCGCAGGAUAAGCAGCACUUUAUGAGCAAGGCCAAAAAGCCUGUCUACAUCACAGAUGAUGAAGACGCAGGUCAGGGGAGGAGCAGUGAAAAUGAGUAUGAGUUUGGAAGUUUUGUGGUGGAUGAUGACGAGGACGUCGAUUAUGCCUGUAGGUUGCCCCUUAUCGUCAUCUUUGGCUACUGA